UUGACAGCACCUAUUGUGAUUGGACUCAUCGCUACCUCGGCAGUGCCAGUGUCAAAGCAGGCAUGGAGAGCACUAAUGGUUUUGCGAUUCGCAGGGUUAAGUAUAACACCCCGGUGGCUGGAAGUGACAGUCCCGGCCACAAAGAACAAAAUAGCGGGAAUGAUCGGAAGCCCAAAGCCCGUGGGUUGUCAUCGGGAACCGCCAUCUCUGCAGUGCUGUUGUUGUAUGUGCUGGCGAUUCGGGGACUGGUUCACUUCUCACUGCGGCAGCUACUCACCCCCGGGACACUCACCACGCGGUUUAACGCGACCACUGCCAGGGAAUACUUGGAGCAUAUUGCAGGUAUUGACUCCAGGACGGUGGGGAGCCCUGCAAAUGAAAUCCUUGCAGUGAAUUAUCUUUUAGAAAAAAUCAAAGCGAUCAAGGAGAAUUCCAACCCAGCUCACAGAUUAACUAUAGAUAUACAAAGACCAACAGGAUCGUUCAGUAUUGACUUCCUGGGAGGGUUUACCAGCUACUAUGAUAACAUCACCAACAUUGCUGUCAAGCUGGAACCCGCGCAUGGAGCGGAACAUGCAGUGCUCUCUAACUGCCACUUUGACUCUGUAGCUAAUACUCCAGGUGCCAGUGACGAUGCAGUUAGCUGUGCAGUGAUGCUUGAAAUCCUGGGCGCUCUGUCAGAAUUAUCCAGUCCUUUAACACACGCUAUUAUAUUCUUAUUCAAUGGUGCUGAAGAAAAUAUCCUCCAGGGAAGUCAUGGAUUCAUUACACAGCAUCCUUGGGCCAAGAUGGUUAGAGCUUUUAUAAACUUGGAGGCUGCAGGAGUCGGUGGGAAGGAGUUGGUGUUUCAGACGGGCCCAGAAAAUCCCUGGCUAGUACAGGCCUAUGCUUCUGCUGCAGUUCAUCCGUGUGCUUCUGUUGUUGGCCAGGAAAUUUUCCAAAGUGGAAUUAUUCCUUCAGAUACAGACUUUCGCAUAUAUAGAGAUUUUGGCAAUAUUCCAGGAAUAGACUUGGCUUUCAUAGAGAAUGGCUACAUCUACCACACAAAGUAUGAUACAGCAGACAGAAUCCCUUCCGACUCCAUCCAGAGAGCAGGUGACAAUAUUCUGUCCGUCCUGAAAUAUUUAGCUACCUCACACCUGCUUGCAGACUCUUCAGAAUUCCGCCAUGGGAACAUGGUCUUCUUUGAUGUUUGUGGUCUGUUUGUGUUGUCCUACCCUGCUCGUGUUGGUACAAUUAUCAAUUACAUUAUUGCAACGCUUGCUGCCUUUGUGCUCUGGAAAAAGAUCACCAAACACAGGCGAGGGGGCACAAACUAUGCCAAGGACCUCCUAUUUGGUGUUCUCAUUACCCUGAUGAGCUGGAUCUCUGCUUUAGUGACAGUCCUUAUUAUUGCUGUUUUGGUAUCUCUCACUGGAAACGCUCUCUCCUGGUAUACACAUUUCUAUGUCUCUAUCAGUCUUUAUGGAACUGCAGCUUUAGCAAAGCUAAUACUUGUACAUACCAUGGCAAGGAAUUUCUUCUUCUCAAACACAAGCAGCCAGUAUUUAGUGGACUUGUUUUUCGAUGUUGCCAUUCUAACUUGGUGCAUUCCUUUGGCUCUUUUUACAAAUAGCGGUCUAUGCUCUGCCUAUUUCUUUGCAUUAUGGGUUAUUUUCCCAUUGCUCACAAAAUUAUUCAUUCAACAAGAGUUUAUACAGCAAGGUUUAUCAUACAGAUUCAUUGUCUUGUACUUGUUGGGGCUAUUCAUCCCUUAUCUGCACACUAUGUACCACAUUUGGGCGGUUUUUGAGAUGUUUACGCCUAUCCUUGGUCGCAGUGGAACAGAAAUUCCCCCUGAUGUUGUGUUGGCUUCCCUUAUUGCUGCAUGUACAAUAAUUAUGACCUCCUACUUUAUCAGCUUUAUCUAUAUUUCUAGAAGCACCAAACAAAUAUUGAUAAGUUUGGCUCUUAUAUCUUUUGUCACAUUCUGUCUUGUCUGCACUGGACUAUUUUUUCCAUAUAGCUCAAGGAUUGAAAGUCCCAAACCCAAGAGGAUCUUCCUGCAGCACACAGCUCGGACCUUCCAUAACCUAAAUGGAGAUGUUGUCAAAAGAGAUUCUGGAAUAUGGAUUAAUGGCUUUGAUUACACAGGAUUAUCCCACAUCACCACUCAUAUGCCUGAAUUAAAUGAUUCUGUACGCGCUCCAUGUGAUGAUGCCCCAUUCUGUGGAUUUCCGUGGUAUUUCCCUGUGCAUUUUUUAAUCAGAAAAAACUGGUAUCUCCCUGCUCCUCCGGCUCCUCUGUCAGAACACACUAAGUUUACACUUUUGUCCAGGGAAGACAUGGCUUGGGACUCUACCAGACUGACUUUUGAAGUGAAAGGACCAAGUCACAUGACAUUUUAUGUGCGCCCACAUAAAGGAACUGUGCUGUCCAGUUGGUCCCUGGGAGAUGGAAUCCCAGUAGAAAGUAAUGGAGGGGACUAUUUUGUAUAUUAUUCCCAUGGACUACAAUCCCCAUCUUGGCAGUUCUGGAUUGAAGUGAAGGGCUCAAGUGAAGACACUGAUGGGCAGGUCACAGUUGCAAUUGCCUCACACUUUUUCUUUGGAGAAAACAAACAUUCCCCUGAACUUGAUUCACUACAGAUGAAAUUCCCAGAGUGGAGUUUUCCAUCUAGCUGGGUGUGCACCUAUGAUCUCUAUGUCUACUAAUAAUGUCUUACUUGAAUAAGUUUAGGGUUGCACAUUCAUGACAAUGUGGAUAGAUUUUACUAUCAAAUCAAUGCUGGGAAUGUCAGGAAAAAAUAAAUUACAAAACCAUGAAAAAUAACUUUACAGGCAAUAAGCAAUAAUCUGCUAUGUGUUAGGUCAUCGGGACCUUUAUGGUCUGGCGUUGAGAGUACAUGCAGUCAUCUGCACUGUAAUUAGAGACAUUUAAACUAGUUUGUAUAUGGGCCUAAUAAAUAUCAACAGUACCCUUUACAUGGUUAAAGAUCUGCAAAGUGUGAAUGUUUUAAAAGUAUAAAAAGAUACACCCCUUGGAAAAUCUUGAAUAUCCAUUACUACUCUUAUUUACUGUAACCAAUCAGAAGUGAUAUGUAAAUGAGCUUCUGCACCGCUCCAACCAGAGCCUGUGAAUCUCUGUAGCCUUGCAAUAAAUACUGAAGAACUCAGGCAAAAUGUAACAUAUUUAAGUGUUGACAUAUGCACUAUAGAACACAAAAUAAAAUAAAUAAUGAAUGUAUUUUACAUUUUUACUAUGCUUAAAGGGACAUUGUACUGUAAAAUUGGAUUCCCCUUAAUGUAUUUCCAAUGACUUGUUGCAUGCUGCAGAAUAGAAAAUGUAUGGGACAUCACUCAUUUAGAUUUAUUUUUGUAUAUGAAAUAGCUGUUUGCUGAUUGAAGCCUCAAUCUAUUGUGCUCAAGAACAUGCCCAUAUAAAUGGACUGAGCCUGCAGAAAUAGAGGACCACUUAAUCUUAUCUAUCUCUCUAUAGAUUAAGGCCUCUUUAUCUUGGCUCUCUAUAUACAAAAUGGACAAUACUUAGAAAGAACUAUAGAAAGGGAAAACAUUGUUACCUAUUUAUUCCACCCCUACCUGGAACCUGUUUACAUAGUUUUUCUAUGGAGAAUAUUAAAGUAUUUAUUUUCAGUAUAAGUAGUGGUUUCUGCUGGCAAAAUAGGCUAUUUUAAAUGACAAUACACAAGUUGAGGAUCUGUUAUACUGUAAACAGUUUGAUACAGACCAGUGUGUAAAACAGAUUACUAGAAACAUGUACAGUGCAAUGUCCCUUUAAACACUUUUAUAAACCUUUAUGAGUAAGGAAAGCAAUAUUUAUCUCAGAUUACGUUUUAAUCUUGCAUAGUAUUUAUUUCACUGGUGCCUCAAGCUAUUCGCAUCUUUGCAAUGUUUUGUUUUAUAUUUUUUGUCAGUUUUAAAGAGCUUGUGUCCUGAGCGCAAGUUCUCUUUGCUCUCAGUUUAAAAAAAAAAAUCUGAUUUCUGUUUAAAUUAUUAAGACAGAUACUUGAAAUUGUAGAACUAACCAAUCAUAAAUGUUAUUUUUCUUGUAAAUUGUGCAAAGCAUUGGUGUUAGACCUUCCAGUUAUAAGUUUGGAGAGCGUUGCGCCACAGAGAUAAUGUAAUGUACUGAAUUUAGCAUGUACAGAAUUAAUUGGUUUAAUUAACUUUAUGAAGCCUCAAUUAAAAAUACUCUGAGUUUUUGUUUUUUAACUAUGAAGAGUGAGAGGUUAAUGAAAUGCUGUAGCUGUACUUUUUUAUUUGCUUAUGCUGCCUUUAUCAUAUUAUGCUUUAACCAUCUGUGCUAAGGCAUAUUUAGUAGUAAUGAAUGUGACCUUCUUUAUUUUUGUUUAAAACUCUUAAAACAGUCUUUGAAAUAAUUUUGAUAAUUUUGUUAAAAUAAUUUGUAAAAUCUCAUCAUUUUCUGGACCAAUCUCGUUACUGUAAACUAUAAGAUCAUGUUGUUUGAUAAAAUGUUCUUGAACUAUG